AUGCCUUCUGUAUUCCGCAAACUUGCUAGCCUUCCGCGACGACUUCUGUGUCUUCCUAGGCGCUCGGAGGUGGAUCUGACGGACGACUUACCUGUAACUCUUGGAAACGCCACCAAGGAUACUACGAAGACUGUAACAGCCACAUCUGUGGACGCGACAGACAGAGAAGCUGCGACUACCGUACCUGAGACAAGAGUCAUCGUUGCACAGAGGGCGCAUAGUUCCGACGACGUCGCGGACGUGCACAACGUUACAGACGAGGAGUCGAUAAUCGACACCACUCACAGAACUCCUUCAAUAUAUGGUCACUGCUCACAAGAUGAUCUGCCAGACCCUUCCUGUCCUAUUGCGUUCCCUCGAAGAGCGAUUCCGACUUGCGAACAGGGUGCCUGGGCACGUCAAUCUCGUCGUACUUCGCCGGACAAUGGAACGGCACACGCACUCAGAGAGCUCUCUGAACUUGCUGCUCACUCACCUUCGAGCUUCGUGAAUACUUGGAGGACGUACCUUGCCGAGAGUCGUCCAACGGUAGCCAGCAAAAACCCGCAUCUACCGUUUCUUAUCCUAAUGGACGUUUGUGCGGUCAACAGCAUCGUCGUACCUGACGCCUCCAAAUCGGAACAACUCUGGUCAGAUAUGCUGCUGAGCGGUGCCGCCGAUGUAUGCUCUGCGUAUCUGAAGAGGUAUCCCACCACGAAGGCGCUAAUGGUCACAGGUCUGAGCAACGUGAUAAUCUGCAUGCAUAUCGCUUGUGCUCCACCGAAAGGCGUCGAAGCGGCACGGGCGUCCUAUAUGUCACUAUUCGCUCAGUAUUGGAAGUCCAUCUGGGAACAUAGGAAGCUUCUCACAGAUGACGAGGUCGGGGGAUCGGGAGAAUCAGCAUCUAAGGCCAGGUCUGCCGUCCACGCGGCGAUCUCUUUGUUCUUCAGUAUACUCUGGCGUAACUCGGCUCAUUACUCGCUUUGGAAACGGGAAGACUUCGCCGUAUUCCGCCGCGUCAUGCUACUUGUAUGGAUGCAUUCUGUCGACGAUGAUCUGGACACUGAUGAGAAGGAGUCCUAUCCGGUUUUGGCAUCCACUCUCUUCGACAGGUUCAAGGAUAUGACGCACUUUACCGAUGUUGACCGCCGUGAAUAUGUGGAGGAGGACAUGAUCGGAGAGUACGGCGCACAGAAGUACCUCGCUCGAGCCUGCAUCACGAUUUGCGCAUUCAAAGACGUCGAUACUCUUGCCAAAGUGCACGAUGUUACUGCAAAGACUAUCGCGCAUCCUGACUUUCAUCCUUAUCUGGUCUCCUCUGGCGUCUUGCAAGCUAUCAGGGAUACUGCGGAUGUACCUAUCGCGCAGUCACCGGACAAGGACGCGCUCUGGGUCUUACACAAAGCUAUCAUUGCGGCGUACUGCCGCCUCCUGAACUCAGCGCCCGUUCAUCAAGCUGCUAAACCUCUUCUCCGCACGUACGACAUUUUUGAACUUAUUGCGCGCGCCUCCAUCAGCUUCGUGAGCGUCCGAGAUACGGAGAGGUACAAUUGCUUCUGUACCGUACGGGAAGUUCUGGCGGUCUAUACGGUCAUCUCGGGCGGUGCUCAGGCCCAUUCGAAGAAGGAUGGACUGGUCAAUACGAUCUUGCAAUCUCUGCGUCCUCAUUGGUACCGCACCAUCAGAGACCUGCGCCGCAUAGCGGAAUACAAUACAUCUGCUGAACCAAGAUGCGAGAAGGUUGUAGAUGUGUGGAAAGCUCUCGGCGCGACGCUGGGUUUGAAAGAGGAGGAGGAAAAGGUUGAGUUUGAAAAGGAGAUGAAGAGGCUGGAGAAGCUCUGCGCGUGGAAAGAGUGCCAAUACCACACUGUAGAGCCUCCCACCACGGCGAGUCGCUGCGUGGGGUGUCGUGAGGUGCGCUACUGUAGCAAGCACUGUCAGCAGAGAGACUGGAAGGAGGGUGGACACAAGCUACGGUGCAGACGUCUCAAAGCCGAGCCACAUUCGCCACGUUCUUUUCAGGGCACGUCUAGCUCCUGA